ACAAAACACACGAUUUUUAAACAAAUUUACGAAAAAUUGCCUUAAAUUAAUGUCUCGCGAUGAGUAAUAAACGAAAACUUGUACAAGAGCACGAAUUGACACCGAAACACAACACUCGACUUCUCACGAAACGAAGCAAACAUGAAUCUCCUCAAUGUAUUGUUGAUCUCUCGACGCCUCCCAGCAACUGUAGCACCCCGAAAUCUCAAUAUUCAGACGAUUCAUUGUCACAAGAUUACUCCCCGAACGUCGCAAAUGAUGUCGGAUGGGAUUCGAAGAAACGUCCCGCUGCCAGAAAACCACGCGCCAAAUCAUCGAGAUUCGCCGAAGCUUUAGCCAAAGAAAAGCUCGCUCGAAAUCCUCUAUGGCGAAGACCCUUGAUGAAAAAAGAAGAAUCGAAACCGAAAGAUUUGUCGGCGCUCGAAAAGUUCAAAAUUGGCAUCAAAAAACUCGAGAGCGGAGAAAGUCCCAAAUCGUCUCAUUUUGGCGAAAAUGCAAAAACAUUCCAAAAACAAAAGGAAAAUGUCACACAAAGGUUCAUUUUUGGCGAAAGCGAUGAUUCGGACGACGAAGCGUAUUCCUCGUGGAACUCCAUGUUGAAAAAAUUCGAAGAUCUCAAGGAGAAUCACAAACAAUCGUCAUCGUCAACAACAACGCCAAAUACGAAUUCGGGGCACGACGAAUCAUGGCGCAAGACAAAAAGCGCACAGGAACUCAAACUCAAAAUCAGUGAACCGCUCAAGGAUAUUUUCGAUGAUUCCAUUUCCGACAGUUUGUUGUACCAAUGCACGCAACAAGUCGAAAAGAAAUUGCAGGAAACGCCGCCUUCCAAAAUAAAAUCUGCUCUUCCAAGCAACGUCACAACUGCCGACGAUGCCCUCGAUAACGAUUCCUUCGACGAGAUGCUCUCAAGUUUUCCGUUGGAAGAAAUUGUCGAGAAAAACACAAAAUCCACGUCUUUCGCGAGACACAAUUCCAUGCCAUGCCAAUCUCAGAUCACGUCAAUUGUGGAAAAAGUGAACUCACUUGUUGAACGACAUCAUUCCGCGCAGCAAAAAAAUAAAAAAUAGAAAAAAAAUAAUUUGCUUCUCUUUGACUUAAAAAAUUAUGAAAUGUAUACGUUACUUUAUGUAAGAAAAAAAAAUAAAAAAAAAAUAUAAAAGACGUAAUUGUGGCAAAUGUUACCGUUUCAUACACGUAACGAAUGCAAAACGAACAAAAAUUAAAUUUUCUAAAGCCCUUUUCAUGUCAA